CCGGUGGCCUGAAUAUGCACAGAAUCCCCAAUUCCAGGAACAUCGUCUACAAUAUCUACUCUCAAGCGUGUCGCAGCCGCCCAGUUCCUCCAUCGAGACUUCCAAGAAUCACCGCAAAGUACCAAACGGCGUCAAUUACCUCGAUAAACCAUCAUCGGCGUCCUCUAACCCCUCAAUUGCGAACCGAUCCACCGGUCACAAAAGCAAGCAUGAGCAGCCGCGUCCCCAUCGAGGCUCAACGAGUCGAUGCACCCUUAACACAGUCGGCGACAUUCCUCGUCGUGUGUGUCAAAGACGGUCCAGAAGCCAUUCAAACGGUUCGAUCGACCCUCGCUAGCAUUGAUGACCUAUCCAAGAACGUUUCCAUCCGCGACCUUGCCUCCCAAUUCGCAUGCACUGUUGGAAUCGGCAGCGACAUCUGGGAUCGCCUAACGGGUCUCCCUCGCCCGGCUGAGCUACACCCUUUCCGUGAGAUAAAGGGCAAAACCCACACUGCGGUGUCGACCCCCGGGGACCUCCUUUUCCACAUCCGCUCAGACCGUCGUGACCUAUGUUUCGAGUUCGAACGACAGCUGAUAGAUCUUCUGGGCGACACCAUUACAGUCAUCGAUCAGACGGUUGGGUUCCGGUACUUCGAUGUGCGCGACCUGCUAGGCUUUGUCGAUGGCACAGCCAAUCCCGUCGGUCCAUCGGUAUCCGAUGCUGUCCUCGUCGCCGAAGAAGACGGGUCCGCUACCGGAGGAAGCUAUAUCGUGGUCCAGAAAUACGUGCAUGAUCUCCAAGGAUGGAAGGGUCUCCCUGCUGAGAAGCAGGAGGCGAUUAUUGGUCGUACAAAAUGGGAGAAUAUCGAGUUAGAUGAUGCGGAGGAGGGUCAACAACAGUCGCACAAAUCACUAGCGACGAUCGAGGAGAAUGGGGAGGAACAUGAGAUUCUUCGCGACAACAUGCCGUUCGGCAACCCUAGCUCUAGUGAAUUCGGAACGUACUUUAUCGGAUAUACGCGGCGCCUAUGGGUGAUUGAGAGGAUGCUGGAGCGCAUGUUUAUUGGCAAUCCUCCAGGAUUGCACGAUCGCUUGCUUGAUUUUUCGAAGCCGUUGACUGGUGUGACCUUUUACGCGCCGCCGGCUAGUGUGCUUGCUGGGUUGGAGAGUGACUGAUUUUGUAUACAAGCCGACCCGAGGUCUAGACUAAUAUGUCAAUCACUUUCUAAAGGGGGGGAUAU